AUGACAGACACCACCGUUCGGACACGUCUUCCCGACACAUUCAUCGGUUUCGAAUUGACAUUUCGCGCCGGUGAACAUUUUUGGACAAGCGCACUUAUAAGUUGUCCCCACUUGCUCACACUUUCCACCGUUAUAGCAUGGCUGAGUGGCACACACAUCCUCCAACAUCUCACAACGAUCGCCGACGUAUCCUGGUUUGCAAUGGCAUUGAGCACGAUGCAUGAAGACGGAGCACUCGGCGUUGUUCUCGCACAUUUUGGCGGUACAGUCGAUUGGGAAACACGAGGAUUCGAGGGACUCCCCGGUGCCUUGAGUGGCGGUGGAGUUGGAACAUUCGAGACAAGAUUGCUGUCCGACGGUCGGUUGGUAGAAGUUGAUGGGACAUGGACUACAAGGUUCCAAGCCAGAGUUACUGUAGCUACCUGUUUUACAAGCUUGACGGCAUUCUGUAGCACUGGAAGCGCCUAG